AUGAAGCUUUUACCGUCCGUCGUGCUUGCCGCGGCUGUUGCCCAACAUUGUGAAGUAUGCGAAAGUAGUAAAGAUUGUGGCGAAAAUAUGAUGUGCGCAACUUACGAAAAGGAAGGCGAAGGCGAAUCUCGAUGCGUUUGCAAGGAAUCUAAGUCCGGUGUCUACGGUAAUCUUGAUGGAAUUAACUCCAACUGCGAGGCUUUCUGCAAGUUCCCAUGGACAAGGCGAUGUCUCGAAGAACAGGAAUCUGUGUAUGACGUUUGCUGGUGGGAAGAUACUGAAGAAUCUGGCGACGGGUCUGGUGAAGGAUCUGGCUCCGGCGACGGCUCUGGAGAAGGAUCCGGCGAAGGAUCUGGCGAUCCAUACAUCGAAUUUUGCGAUGCUGAGGACGAACUCAAGUGCAUUGAUAAGCUCGGUGAGCUCUCAACAUGCUUCUACGAUCACAACGGCCGAACUCGAUGCGUUUGUGACGAAGGCGCUUACUACUCGAAGAGAGAUGAUGAGUGUGUCGCUAUCUUGGACGAAUGUUCUGUCGAUGCUGAUUGCGAGGAUGGCAUGGUCUGCGAAGAGACCGAAUUCAAGGGUCAGUACAUGAACAAGUGCAUGUGUACUGAAGGCUUUGGAAUGUCCGAAAUGGGCUCUUGUGAGCCACUUUGUGGAUGGGGAGAAGGCUCCGGAGGCGGUUCCGGGGACGGUUCCGGUGACGGCCCCGAAGAGCCGGAGGAUCCAACAGUGCCAGAGGUUGAUCAGAAGAAGAAAUGGAAGGGCAAGUGGGAAAAGAAGAAGCGAGGCCGACGAUCCGCACGGAAAGGAAAGCCCGAUGUUUGGGACGAUGACUAUGAAGUCUGCCACUCCAAUGCCACCUGCAUCACCGAGGGCAUUGAUUUCCCAGAGUGCGUUUGCAACGAGGGAUUCUACGGUAACGGAGAGAAGUGCGAAUCGAUCGAAGAGUCGUGCGAUGAUAAGUGUAUCGACCGAUAUUCUGAGUUCCAUCAGUGCGUUGUCUCCACUGACGGUAACCAAUUCUCGUGCGAGUGCAUUGAUGGCUACGUCGUCGGCUCCGAUCCAAAAUCGUGCAUCCCUGCUCCAACUGUCUGCGAACUCUCCGAAGACUGCUACGCGCCAUACCUCGCUUACAACCUCACUGAAAUCGAGGCUGCCGAGCGAGUUAUGUGCGUUGGUGAUCAAGAUGGAGAAACUUCUAUCUGCGGCUGUACCCUCGAUUUCCCAUACAUCGACCAAGAGGGUCUCUGCGUUGAUGAGCGUGAGGAUCCAGAAGAUCCAGAAAUCCCAACUUGUGAGACCAAAAAAUGCAAGGAGGGCGCCAUCUGUGUCGAAGAAUCUGGUGAGCCCGAGUGCGUCUGUGACGAAGCAAACGGAUAUGUUGGUAAUGGCGGCCGAUGCUGGUUGGACGAAGGCAUCUGCGGCGUCGACAGCUUUGGUUCCUGUGGCCACAAGUACGCUGACUUUCCAGUUGGAUUCAAGGAGUCCUGCGCUCCUGACAUCGACGCCGUCAACCCAGUCUCUUUCAACACCGUCUGUAUGCCAGCUGAAGGCUCUGACAACAAGCGAGAUGGCUGCUGCGAGUGCGCACCCGGUUUUAUCGACGCCAACGGCGACCCUACCGAUGGUUGUGAAGAAGAAGCUCUCGGAUGCGAGUACAACGCGGACUUCUGCCACGAAGAUGCCACCUGCGAAGACCUUGACACCGAUCUCAUCGACGCUUCUGAGACCGAUAUUGACCCGACUUUCCUCAAGCAAGGAUUCAUGUGCGUCUGCAAUGAUGGCUUCUUCGGAAAAGGAUAUGGCCGCAAAGGCUGCCGGGAAAAAGUCGGCGGUGGCGAUCACUGCGAGAAGUGGGGCUACAGAUGCGGAGAAAACGCCGUGUGCACUGAGAUUGAAAGAAAGCCCUUCAUUGAUUGCUCUUGCCAGGAAGGCUUCGAAGGUCUUCCACCAAACUGCGUCGCCGUCGCUCCAAGCCUCUCUGUUCAAGCAAUAGAAGAUGGUGCCAGCACUUGCGAUCAGCUAGACACUUCUCAAUGGUUUCUCUUGACUUCCAAGAAGCCCGACUUCCGACUUUCAGCCGCCGGUGACGAGACUUCUUACACCCUUGACAUCACUAACGGAGCUUACAAUUACAAGACCCCUAUGCUCAACGGAAAAGCCUACUCUGGUCUCAUUGAGUUUGGCGCCUACGGAUGUGGGGCGGAUUUCAUCCAAGCUUUUGCUAAGGGACAAAUUCAAGCUCGAGUUAUCGACACUGUUUCCUUCACUGACAAAGACGGCAACGAAAUUGAUUCACUUUACGAAGUCGUUGAAGUAACCGGAUACUACGUUUCCCAGGCAGGAAAUGACAAAAAAUCCAAGGCCUAUGUCCAGUUUACGAAGAAAUACGAUUCUCUCGGACAGCACAUGGGUUACACAACAACUGAGCUCGCUGACAUGAGGAACAGACAACUCAAUGUUCUUGAGCGAAACCAGGAGUGGAAGAGCCGAAACGGAUGGGUUUACGUCAAGCCUAAUGCUGAUACCGUCCAGCUCCAGCUCACCUCCGACUUGCCAGUUUUCAACACUGUCGACCCUGCCAAGUGCUUUACUCCAGAUCGAAUUCGAUUCUUCCUCUACGCCGAGGAACAGCCUGAUGGCAAGCUCUCUCCAAUGGUCUUUAAAAACGCUAAUGACACCAGUGUCUCCGUCGUUGAUUGCUUCUACCAGAGCAAGAUGAACUUCGAAGACUACGAAUGUGAUAACAAAAAAACUGAGUGCGAAUACGACGAAAUCCUUGAAGAAGAACACUGUAUGGACGUCAACCAGACCCUCUUUGAAGCACUUUUCGAAGCUACCGAUGAGAUCAACGAUAAGAGCUGUAUCACUGCUUAA